CACACAAGUUUUUUUAGGUUAGGUUUCUUCUCGGUUCGUUUUACCAAAGAAAGUUCUCUCUUCUCGUGGAGAAUAUACUGUAUAGAUGUGUGUGUGUGACUAUAAAUAAAGUGAGACGUUUCCGAAAUUAGAAGACCUGGGGUUUGCCCACUAAAUAUAACCUCUUCAGUCUCAGUUGUCAAACUGAGCCGGUUGGUGCGUGUGGUGUCGGAGAAAAUCAAGGUUUUUCCGAAAACGUAUAAAAAAGUUAAUAAUAAACGCAGACAAGAUGUCUGGACAAAUUUCGGACGCGGUUAAAAAGUGUAUCGCAAUUUUGCAAAAUGCGACGAAUGAUACUGAAAAAUUUGCCGCUCUUUUUAUGGUAACAAAAUUGGUUAAAGGUAAAGACUGUAACGCGACAGCGAAGAAAGCCAUAUUCGAAGCGAUAGGAUUUAAAUUCCUAAAACGAUUAUUAUUAACGUCCGAUGUUCCCGUUGAUUGUCCACCGGCAAUUUAUAAAUCCGUAGCUUUAUCAAUUCUAACCGUUUUUUGUAACGAACCAGAAUUAGCGACACACCCGGAAAUGCUAGCAAAUAUUCCCGUAUUUUUGGAUAUAGUACAACAAGCAGAUGCGAGUGAUUACGACGAUAACUUGAUUAUCGUCGGAGAAGCUUACGGUUGUUUAAAAAGUAUAGCAGAACACGAACCGGGACAAAAAGCUUUAUUUGAUGUUGGAGCUGUUUCGAAAAUGUCCGAAAUUUACGCCCAGCAAAGUUUUCAAACCGACGAAGCUUUAAACAUUCUUGUUAUGCUGGUGACAAAGUUUGGAUCGAAAUCAUGGGAUCGAAAUAAUCCGAAAAGUUUUCAUACCAUCGUGAAUAAAAUCGCUUUGGAUUUUGAAACAGAUCACGACGAACGAAAAUUCGAAUUAUGUACGAUUUUAAAUGGGUUAUUAUUUAAUUGUCCGAGGAAAGAAAUUGCGAAAACUGCGAACGAUGAAAUUUGGCCAAUGAGCAUCUAUAAAGGAUUAACAGAUAUUUUACAAAGUAAAAUCGGUAAACAACAAAGAAACCCCGCUUUAAUAUUAGCCUCUACGAUGAUUGAUUUGCUUGGAAUUGAAUUUGUUAUAAACGAAGAAAAACCGGAAGAUAAACCAAAACAAUUCUUUUUGUUAUUGAUUCAAUUGGCGGCGAUCGAAAUAAGAAUGCAAUUGGAUGGAAAAAGUUUACAACAAGCUUUCACACAAGGUGAAUUAGUAACCGGUUGUUAUAUUAUUUUGGAGUUAUCAAUUAAUUAUAUAUCAACUGAUCAAUUAGAUUUGGAUCAAAAAGAAAAACAAACUUUGUAUACCGGUUUAAAAGGUGCUUUUUCGGCCAUCAUUGGCUUAUUAACAAAAGUUUCAAAUGAUAAAAACGCGAAUAAUCUUCCUAUAAAUGAAAAAUUAUUUAUUUGUGGCACUGUAAGAGUUUUAGUUGCUUGGUUAGCACAAGAAACGUCGGCAAUGCGACCUCAAGUUUAUCAAUUAUUGCCGUUUAUGUUACGGUUAUGUAAUGAAACAUUUAGAGCAUGUAAAGAACGUCGUUUAGCCGAAAAAUCUGGAACUAAUCUUGAAUUAAAUCCUUUAUCGCAAUUUGAUAUUCUUCGAAUUACUCUACCUGCAUUGUGCCAUCUAGCGGUAGAAGAUGAAGCGAGAAAAAUAUUAUUUAAACUUCAACAAGAAGACGUUUUAUUUGAAUGUUUUCAAUUUCAUUGGUCGAUUGUUCAUUAUAAAAGACCUCCGGUGCCAAGAUCUGAGCGUUUAAAAGUUUUAAAUCAACCCCCUCCUGAAUUAACACCUGAUAUUCUUGAAGAAAUGCAAGAUUCUCGUGCGGCUAUGAUAAGUACUUGUAAUAUUUUCAUGAAUUUAACCGUCUUAGAACCAAAAAUUGUUGAAGAUUCAACGGUUUUUAAUAACUUAAUGAAAUUUUUGUUUGAAAACUUACCGGAAUUAAAAGAUAUCCCGGAAAAUUUGGUUUUGCACGGAAAUUUAGCCGUCCUCGGGUUACUCCUUCUAAAACAACAAUCAAAACGAAUCAAACAAAAUGAUUUUUCAAUUUGUCGCUAUAUCCAGGCUACAAUUCGAUUCCUUUGGGAUGCGUAUACAAUUGACGAAUCAAAUGAUCCUUCCGCUUUAGUUGUUGCGAUGUCUUACAAAGAAAAAUGGAUGGAAUUAAUGGAACUAUGGUUUUUGGGGAUGCAAACGAUGUCCGGAGUUUUAACAUUAAUUCCGUGGAUUAGCGAUUUUGCAAUUGAAAGCGGUUGGGCUGAAGGUAUCGUGAAUACGUUGAAGAAAGUUAAAGUCGGCGCGUUACAGCCGAACGUGAAGUCGGCUUAUGAAGAUUUUUUGUGUCAUUUGGUUGAGGCUAAUAAGAAUGUUGUUGAUGUUUUGAAGAAAGCGAACGCUUUAACGAUGUGCAGAAAUCACCGAUUUAUGGAGUUGGGAAAGAAAUUGUUUGGGGAUUAAUUUUUUUUGUUUGUCUUUAAAAUUAUUUUUUUAUCGAUAAGAAAAAAAGUCGCAAAAAAUAAAUUGUGGGUGUUGUUAUUGUCGAGUUUAAAACAAUAUUAAAUCCGAUUUUUUUAUGUUCCUUUUAAAUAUCUAAGGGUUUUCAUGUUUUUUAAUAAAAUUUUUUUGCUCGCUCCUCUUUUUUUAUGUAUAACCAAUUUUUACUUGAUA